AUGGAUUUGUCCUACCGAGGAUUUCUGGCAGAGGCGGUGGGGGCGGUUGCGGUGGCGCCCAGCUGCUGCCAGCCGGUGUCACUGUGGAGCGGAGGGGACCGGUGGUGGCGCGGUGCUCUUGGUUGCAGACCAGAAUCUGUAGAAGCUAGCCCCGUGGUAGUUGAAAAAUCGAACAGUUAUCCACACCAGUUGUAUACCAGCAGCUCGCAUUCACACAGUUACAUUGGUUUGCCCUAUGCAGACCAUAACUAUGGUGCUCGGCCUCCUCCAACGCCUCCAGCUUCUCCUCCUCCAACAGUGCUUAUAAGCAAGAAUGAAGUAGGCAUAUUUACCACUCCCAACUUUGAUGAAACCUCCAGUGCUACUACCAUCAGUACGUCAGAGGAUGGAAGCUAUGGAACUGAUAUUACCAGAUGCAUUUGUGGCUUUACGCAUGAUGAUGGAUAUAUGAUCUGUUGUGACAAAUGCAGUGUCUGGCAGCACAUUGACUGCAUGGGGAUUGACAGGCAGCACAUUCCUGACAUAUAUCUGUGUGAACGUUGUCAACCAAGGAGUUUAGAUAAAGAAAGGGCAGUGCUAUUGCAACGAAGGAAAAGGGAAAAUAUGUCAGAUGGGGAUACCAGCGCAACAGAGAGUGGUGAUGAGGUUCCUGUGGAACUGUAUACUGCUUUUCAGCAUACACCAACUACAAUUACUUUAACUGCUACAAGAGUUACAAAAGUCAAUGAUAAGAAAAGGAAAAAAAGUGGAGAGAAAGAACAGAACAUAGCAAAAUGUAAAAAAGCCUUUCGAGAAGGAUCCAGGAAAUCUUCACGAGUAAAGGGCUCAGCUCCAGAGAUUGAUCCUACUGACAGUUCGAACUUUGGCUGGGAAACUAAAAUCAAGGCAUGGAUGGAUCGUUACGAAGAAGCAAAUAAUAACCAGUACAGUGAGGGUGUCCAGAGGGAGGCACAAAAAAUAGCUCUGAGAUUAGGCAAUGGAAAUGACAAAAAAGAAGUCCACACCAGCAAUCUGAUUUUCAAACCUCCAGUAGAGAGUUACGUGCAAAAAAACAAGAAAAUUUUAAAAGCUGCCAAAGACUUGCCUCCUGAUGCACUUAUUAUUGAAUACAGAGGGAAGUUCAUGCUGAGGGAACAGUUUGAAGCUAAUGGAUAUUUCUUUAAAAGGCCAUACCCAUUUGUUUUGUUUUAUUCCAAAUUCCAUGGGCUAGAAAUGUGUGUUGAUGCAAGGACUUUCGGAAAUGAAGCUCGAUUCAUCAGGCGUUCAUGUACACCAAAUGCGGAGGUGAGGCAUGUAAUUGAAGAUGGAACAAUUCAUCUUUAUAUUUACUCCAUCCAUAACAUUCCAAAGGGAGCAGAGAUUACUAUAGCGUUUGAUUUUGAUUAUGGAAAUUGUAAAUACAAAGUGGAUUGUGCCUGCCUCAAAGAAAAUCCUGAAUGUCCAGUUCUCAGACGUUCUGAGCCUACAGAAAACAUCAAUACUGGAUAUGAAACCAGAAGGAAAAAGGGAAAGAAAGAGAAGGAUGUUUCAAGAGAGAAGGAGACUCAAAAUCAGAACAUCACAUUGGACUGUGAAGGAGCAGCCACCAAAAUGAAAAUCGCAGAUAAUAAACAAAGGAAGCUUUCUCCCCUCAGGCUGUCCAUUUCUAAUAAUCAGGAGCCAGAUUUUAUUGAUGAUAUAGAAGAAAAAACUCCCAUUAGCAAUGAAGUAGAAAUGGAAUCAGAAGAGCAGAUUGCAGAAAGGAAAAGGAAGAUGACAAGAGAAGAACGGAAAAUGGAAGCUAUCCUGCAAGCUUUUGCCAGACUAGAAAAAAGAGAAAAAAGAAGAGAACAGGCUUUGGAAAGAAUCAGCACAGCAAAAACUGAGGUUAAAUCAGAAUGCAAGGAAGCACAGAUUCUCAAUGACACUGAAUUUAUUCAGGAACCAGCAAAAGAAGAAACUGCCACCAAGCCUACCCCAGCCAAAGUUAAUAGAGCUAAGCAGAGAAAAAGCUUCUCGCGGAGUAGAACUCACAUUGGACAACAACGUAGACGACACAGAACUGUCAGCAUGUGUUCAGAUAUCCAGCCGUCUUCUCCUGACGUGGAAGUAACUGCACAACAUAAUGAAACUGAGAAUGCUGCACUGGUAGCUGAGCCUGAAACAGAAACUGUGGUUGCAGAAAUGGUUGCUGAAACAGAAGCUCAAGCACUUAAUAAAUGCCCUACUAAGUAUCCUAAAACAAAGAAGCACUUGGUCAGUGAAUGGUUAAGUGAAAAGAGUGAUAAAACAGGGAAGCCUACAGACAGUCUAUCGGAAAGGCCGCUACGUAUAACUACCGACCCUGAAGUUCUGGCCACUCAGCUGAAUUCUUUACCAGGUCUCACUUACAGUCCACAUGUAUACUCGACUCCAAAGCACUAUAUUCGUUUUACUUCACCAUUCCUUUCAGAAAAGAGGAGGAAAAAAGAACCUGUGGAAAACAUUACUGGCUCUUGUAAGAAGCGUUGGUUAAAGCAGGCUUUGGAAGAAGAAAAUUCAACAGUGAUUGAUAGGUUUAAUUCACCAUCACAAGAGAGAUCUAGAAGUCCAGCCAUCAAUGGUGAAAAUAAAAGUCCUUUGUUACUGAAUGACAGCUGCUCCUUAACAGAUCUAACCACGCCACUAAAAAAACGAAGACUGUAUCAGCUGCUGGAGUCUGCAUUCUCUGAAACCUCCACACCUACUCCUUCUCCAUAUGCCACACCAACUCACGCGGACAUUGCUGCCUCCGAGCCAUCGUUGUUUGCUACUCCUCCCAGGGUAAAAACCGAAGAUGAAGCUUGUAGAAAUGGUUACAAACCCAUAUAUUCACCUGUUACUCCUGUAACUCCAUGUAUCCACGGAAAUACCAUGCACUUUGAGAAUAUUUCCUCACCUGACAGUUCCCCAGAAACAAAAAGGCGAGCUUAUAGUCAAGAG